GAUACUGAUCCUAACAGCGAAGAGUGUGGGAGUAUCAUGGUUAUAAAGGCAUACCCCGUAGGUAUGGUACGUGCAAUAGAUAAUCUCAAUGGAGAGGAGGAUGGAGAUUGCAGAGCUGAACCUCAUGUGGGGUUAGAGUUUGAUUCGGCAGAUGAUGCACGCGAGUUUUACAGUCUAUAUGCAAAGCGAAUGGGUUUUAAGAUUCGGAUAGGUCAGCUGUAUCGAUCGAGGACUGAUGGGUCAGUUUCUUCUCGAAGAUUUGUGUGCUCAAAGGAGGGGUUUCAGCUCAAUUCACGAUCAGGCUGUCCAGCAUUCAUAAGGGUACAAAGACGUGAUUCUGGCAAGUGGGUGGUUGACCAUUUCCAGAAGGAUCACAAUCAUGAUCUUGAACCUACGGGCAAAAACAGCCCUCCCAUUAUGCAGCAGAAGACAGUUAUAGUUAAGAAUUUGGUGGCUGAUGUAAGCCAUAGGCCAAAAGUCAAAUUGCUCAAGGAAGUAGAGGGUGGACGGCCAUGCCCAUCUGGCAUUAUUAAUGCUAAACGUGCUAGAAGGGAAGGAAAUGAAGGGCAAUUCAAAGAUGAACCUUAUGUGGGUCUAAAGUUCAAUUCAGCUAGUGAAGCAUAUGAAUUUUAUCAUGCAUAUGCAGCAAAUAAAGGAUUUAGAGUUCGGAUUGGACAAUUGUUUCGCUCGAAGCUUGAUGGGUCAAUUACAUCCAGGCGAUUUGUAUGCUCCAAGGAAGGGUUUCAGCACCCUUCACGAGUAGGUUGUGGGGCAUAUAUGCGGAUUAAGAGAGAAGAUUCUGGAGGGUGGGUAGUGGACCGUCUCAAAAAAGAUCAUAAUCAUGAUAUUGGGUGUCAAAUGGAAGUGCAUAAGAAAAGCUUUGAUGCUUCAAAUAAAUUCAUAGAGGAUGUUGGUGAUCGGUUGGAAAAUAAAGAUUUUGUUACCAUUUGUAAUGGCAACAUUGUCAAAAGAUGUCGAGAAAACCACAUUGGAAGUAACUGGUACAGUAUACUUUUUGAGUAUUUUCAAAGCAAACAAGCAGAUGACACAGGAUUCUUUUAUGCAGUCGAAGUUAAUAAUGGUAAGUGCAUGAGUAUUUUCUGGGCUGAUGGCAGAUCUAGAUAUUCAUGCAGUCAGUUUGGUGAUGCAAUUGUUCUAGAUACUUCAUACAAGAACAGCUUAUAUUUGGUUCCUUUUGCUACUUUUGUUGGAGUUAACCACCACAAGCAACCAGUGCUUCUUGCCUGUGCUUUGAUUGCUGAUGAAUCUAAGGAAUCUUACACUUGGUUAUUUAAAACUUGGCUCAGGGCAAUGUCAGGGCGGCAUCCACUGUCAAUAAUAGCUGAUCAAGACAAGGCCAUCCAACAAGCAAUAGCGGAAGUCUUUCCUGGGACCCAUCAUCGUUUUUCAUUUUGGCAAAUUAAGGCAAAAGAAAAGGAGUUCCUCAGUUUAAUGGAUAAUGCCUUUAAAUGUGAGUACGAAAAUUGCAUUCUCAAGAGUCAGACGGCUGAUGAAUUUGAUACAGCAUGGAAUGCCCUUCUCAACAGAUAUGGCUUGAAGGAGAAUGUUUGGCUGACAGAUAUGUACGAAAAACGUGCAAGUUGGGUGCCACUCUACUUACGGGGCACGUUUUUUGCUGGAAUGUCCCUGAACGAAAGCAUUGAGCCAUUCUUUGGCACAGUUGUUAAUGCCCAAACGCCAGUCUCAGAGUUUGUUUCUAGAUAUGAGAGAGGCCUUGAGCGGCAUCGCGAGGGAGAGAGAAACGAGGACUUUAACUCUUUUAACUUACAGGCCUUUUUGCAGACAAAAGAACCAGUGGAAGAACAAUGUAGAAGAUUAUACACACUUACUGUGUUUAAGAUAUUUCAGAAGGAGCUUCUGCAAAGCUAUAGUUAUCUUGGAUAUAAGAUUUAUGAAGAAGGAGCCACCAGUAGAUACUUGGUGCGUAAGUGUGGGAAUGACUAUGAUAAAAACAUGGUCACUCUCUGUGCAUCCAAUCUCAACGUGAGUUGCAGCUGUCAAAUGUUUGAGUUCGAAGGCGUGCUGUGCAGACAUGUUCUGAGAGUUCUCCAAAUACUAGAUGUACGAGAAAUUCCCUCUCGCUACAUCUUACAUCGAUGGACAAGAAAUGCUGAGUAUGGUAUUGUUCGUGAUGUUGAAUCGGGGGGUAUUUCUCAAGAACCUAGAGCUCUGAUGCUGUGGAGUUUAAGAGAGACAGCAUCUAAAUACAUAGAGGCUGGUUCAGCAUCUCAUGAAAAGUACAAACUUGCCUAUGAGAUUAUGAGAGAGGGUGGAAGAAAGCUUUGUUGGCAAAGGUAAACAACCUAAACAAUUGCUGGGCAUCUCUCUAGCUCUAGAUUUUGUAGUUUGAAUCACAUUGGUAGCUAGGUUUUUCUAUGGCAACUUUUGUAACAUAGACCAUCGAGCUACCAUGGACAACAAUACUUCUCCCUGUUCAAUUUUCAAAGCGAUGUGAAAUAUGCAUGGAUGUCGAUUGCCAUUUUUUUUA